UCGAGAGAAGGGGUCGAAAUGUUCUGCGAUCUAGCUUCACUGCCUCUAUCCUCCAUAAAUAUAGAUGUUAUUUUUCUAUCAUUUCUAACCUAAUCGUGUUAUAAUCACAUAAUUUUACUUAAAAAUGAUUUUUUUUAAUCUUUCAAUUGAUAUAUUAUUCUAAAUUAAAGUUAUUCAUUGGAUUUAAACUUGUGUCUACUGCAUGAAAAAGAAAAACAAAUUUUCUAAUUAAUAUGAUAUUAAUAGAAGAAAUUUGUAACGUGCCAUUUUCUCCGUUGGUCACUGCAUUAAAUGCAAUUCAAUGGACAUCGAAUAAUUUUAUAUCUGUUAUUACAGAAAAAGGAGUUCAUAUAUUAGAAUUAAUACCUUCUAUGAAGGAACAUCAACCAGAUGUUACAUUUUCAUGGUCUUUUAUAUAUCCUUCUGAUUUUUUACCUGCGUACGCAUUUAUUAAUGAAGUAACAUCCUUGGCAUGGAACAUAAAACGUAGAGAAAUAUAUUCACUUUUAAUGGAAGGUGCUUUGGCACCUAAAAUCAAUGACGCAUCUGAUGUGUUACCAAGGAUAAUUGAUGUAUCAUGGUCACCAGAAAAUUUAAUUCAUCCUAGGAAGUCCAUAGUUGCAAUCAUAACUUCUGUUGGUGCUGUUGAAAUUGCACAUAAAUUAUAUGACGUGAGAAAUUGGUAUUCCUUGAGUAAUAUAUCAUCUAUAUGGUUACAAACGAUUGAAGAUAGUAUUAAAACUGAUUUGUCUAAUUGUAAACAUGAAGAAUCACGUUUUACAAGCAUACAACAAAAUCUUAGACGAUUGCAAGCUUGUGCAAUGACAUGGAGUGAACUAUUUCGAUUAGAAAAUACUUGUUAUGCAUAUUUUGUAACUGCUUUUCGUAGUUCAGAGAUAGUCAUUUGGAAAAUUGAUCAAGUAACUGAUUCUACUGAGAAUGUAACACCAACCAUGAUAUCUAAAGAAAAUUUAAAUAUGAACACAAAAAUAAAUGUAUUAUUAUGGUAUACUAUAAAAUCAAAGAAAUACUUAAUUAUUAUUGGAUGUUGUAAUGGCCAAAUCAAAGGUCUUCUUUAUACUGGUGAUAAUAAAUGUUUAGAGAAAACAGGAGAAGAAAAAUAUUACAAUAAUUCAGAUCUUAUCGUAGUCCAAUCUUUAACUAUGGUUUCACAAAAUGAAAAUGGAAUGCAAUUUAUUGCUUGUAAAAGUUAUUUUAUCUUACUGUUUGGUUUGACUAAAACUGGUAAAUUAAUGUCUUCACAUUAUUUACAAACAGAAGGAUUUUCAAUUUCGGGAAUCAGUGUUAUUGCUCCUGAACGUGUUGUAAUUACUACACAAAAUUGUAUGAUGUAUACGUUUGAUACACAAGAAAAUAACUUAAAAAGUAUUCCAAUAAAUUAUAAAUUACCUAAGAUACGUGUUCAAUAUUUGGGUCUUGCUUGUUCUCCAAAUUGUACCAUGUUAAUUACCGUAACUAGUCCUUAUUGUACAUUUGAUCAUUUAGUAAAAACAGAACCAAGUAUAUUGUACAUAUGUUCCAUAGAUGGAAAAGAAUGGGAUCCAGUGAAUAUAAUACAAAAUUAUAGCAAUAAAAAUUCUAAAUUACCUUGGGAUUGUCUCGAAUUAAUCAGACUUAAAGCUGCUAAAGUUUCAGAUCCAACGAGCGUGUUACCUAAAGUACCACACAAUUUAGAAUCUAUUUCAUUAUAUGAAUUAAGAAUAUCAUUAUGGGUGUCACUUAUGACUGAAGUAUUAACAAAGAAAAAGAUAGUUCGAGAAAUUGAACAUGAAGAAAAUAUAGCAGAAAUUCACUCACUAGUUUUUAUUCAUUGCGCAUGUACAUAUAUCGAUCGUUUAAUGAAUAAAACACAUUUAUCAAAGAAUCAGGAAACUUCUAUAAACCUGCUAAGAAUGUAUUUAGAAAUUUAUCUUGCUGGUGAAGAGGGAGAAGAAGAAACAAUUACAACAAAAUAUGUACGAGAAGCAUUAAAUAAAACAUCUCAUUUCGAAUUAAAAGCAGACGUAUGUAAUCUAUGCCAUGAAAAGAUAUAUGAAAUACCUUGGAAAACUAUAUACUGUCCACGUGGACAUGUGUUAGGCAGGUGUGCUUUAACCCUUCUUCAAAUUACAACAAUGAAAUAUCGAACUUGCCCACUAUGUAAGAAAAUAUAUCAUUCCGACUUAGACCAAGAAUAUGAAGAAGUACUAUGUGUGUUUUGUAAUGUACCUGCUUUAUAUAAAGGUCAUUAUCAAUAUAAUAAAGAUUCGGAAUUACUUGCAAGAGAUUUAUCAAAACAUCCAAUAUCAGAAUUAUCAGGAAGCCAAGAUCCUUCGGAAGAAAAUGAGGCAGAAUCUUCAAAUGCUAAUUCUGAUAAAGAUGAAACUGCUAGUAUUCAAGAUUGGGACAUGAUGUGAUUAUUAUUAUAUAUAUAAUAUAUAAUAUCUAAUUAUAUAAAAAAAAAUAAUAAUCACAUUUUAUAGUUUAUUAAUUUUCUUCCCUCCGGGCGAAAAGCGCCAACUUUUCUCCCGCUGUUCAAAACGAAGUUGCCGCUUUCCGCCUACGUCGAGCA